GGUUAUGACGAAUCUGCUUACAUCCAUCAGCUGCAAUGCCUGCGCUGAACAACGAAAAUCCACCUAAUGAACGUGGCUUCAUCUGUCGAACCAUUGAAGAGUGGAUCGAUCUGUAUGGGAUGAGCCCCCCGAAGCGUGUUCAUGCUCUGGGUAAAGUACCACCAACACUUCAGCCCCUUGCCGAUGGCCCUUACCGCUGGCUGUUUCAGCAGACACGUCUCAUAGGCUACGACGGAAGAACUGGUCUGAGCAUUCGCAGCAUAGUCAACGUGAUCCAAUCACACGACGGUCAUCAAAUGCAACCUCUUGACGUUCCGGAGGAUUGGAAGGAAGCUGUCUCAAGCGAGACUUUCAACACUACGACUGUAAUCCUACGGAGGUCGUUAUGCCAAUAUGUAGACAAUAUGCAUAGGGUGUGGCCCAGCGUUUCUGUGCUGGUGUAUAGGCCAAGGUCAUAUUUCUCAAACAUACCCUACCCAAAGCCAAAUAUCACUCUGCAUGAGUUACGAGAUCCGGGUAUGCCUUUCUACAGCGUCGAGUGGACUAUCUUCAAGAUUUUGUGCAAGGGAAAUUCUGGCCUGACUGUGUACGGCGAGCUCGGUCCGAGGUCAUAUUAUGAUGCCAUCUUACCUGGCAUUUGCCAUCAAAUUCCAGGUUGCAGAGUACUGAGGUCAAUUCCGAUCGCCUUUCCAUCGUACUCUGCAGACUAUGGGUCUUCAACAUGUCUAGACUUCGUCUGUCAACCUUCUAUCGACAAUCUUCCGAAUGACCUUCCUGCUGGAUAUAUACCAGUCCUAUUUGCCGCCCACCAUGUGGAUACCCUCUAUUCAUUCGCCCCUACAGAGGUUUCGUCUGUUCAUUCAGGGUCGUCAGAGCUCAUGCCAGACAGAAGGCCGGGCCUCGUCAAGCUGGCGGAGAUUUUCCAACCUUCUCUGCAACUACUAGUCAUGCACCUGACGAAGAAAUAUCGAAUCGACGAUCAUCAGUGGCGCCCUGAGUGGAAUCCAAUCCUUGGCGAGAAAGAUCCAGAAUGGUCGAUGCCUGAUGUGCCAGAGAAGUAUUUCUUCUUCGGCAUGAACUACUCCGAAAUUGAGUGCAUCAUCUACACCUUCUUCCCGCGCUAUAAAGUCACGACCUCUGGGCGGGUAGAGUGGGGAUUUUGCUGCUUUGAAGCGUAUCGUCCGUGGCCCAUCGGUGGCAUCAAAACAUUGCAUCGCGUUCACUUGAUCAACACGUUUCUCAGAAUUCAACGCCACACCGCUGAGCUGGCUGAGAUUUUCAGAGACAUCUCAGGUUCAUUCCCAGUGAGAACCCCCGCUAUUGUAAUCUAGACAUAACCAGCCACAUCUAUGUCGUGAUCGGCCCACCUAUUAGCACCUAGUACUAUUGUAAAACACU